GAAGUGAGGCAAAAGGCGGCGGAAGGAAGAGAGGAAGGGAGGGGCCCGGCAGUGCGCAUGCGCACACCUAUCCAUGGAGAGCCAUUGGGCCCAAAAGCAGACAGAGGAGGCGUUCAGACGAAAGCGACAUUGAAGGAUCCGAGGUGGAAGCAGGACGGACAAUCCCUGAGGCCAGUUCUGAUCUUCUGAUGCCUCACAAGGCGAAGCCAUGAAGGGGCAGCAGAAGGCCGUGGAGGCGGACGAGGGGACCGUGCAGAUCCAGGAAGGCGCAGUGGCCACAGGCGAGGAUCCCACCAGCGUGGCCAUCGCCAGCAUCCAGUCGGCCGCCACGUUCCCCGACCCCAACAUCAAAUACGUCUUCCGGACCGAGAAUGGGGGCGCUCAGCUGAUGUACCGAGUGAUCCAAGUGGCCGAAGGGCAGCUGGACGGUCAAACGGAGGGCUCUGGCGCCAUCAGCGGUUAUCCUGCCACCCAGUCCAUGACACAGGCGGUCAUCCAGGGGGCCUUCACGAGCGAGGAUGCGGUGGAGACGGAGGCGGCGGCCACGGAGACGCACUACACGUACUACCCGGCCACGGCCGUGUCCGACUCGGGGGCCUCCUCGGGGGCCGGGAGCGCCACCGCCACCGCCGUGGUCACUGCCCAGAACUCGGACGCCUUGCUGGGCCAGGCCACCCCCACCGGCACUGGCCAGUUUUUCGUCAUGAUGUCUCCGCAGGAGAUCCUGCAGAGCGGGACGCAGCGCUCCAUCGCUCCCAGGACCCACCCCUAUUCGCCAAAAUCCGAAGCCCCGCGGACGACUCGGGAUGAGAAGCGGAGGGCCCAACACAAUGAAGUGGAGCGCCGUCGCCGGGACAAGAUCAACAACUGGAUCGUGCAGCUGUCCAAGAUCAUCCCCGACUGCUCGAUGGAGAACACCAAGUCUGGGCAGAGCAAGGGGGGCAUCCUUUCCAAGGCCUGCGACUACAUCCAGGAGCUGCGCCAGGGCAACGUCCGCCUCUCCGAGGAGCUCCAGAGCCUGGAGCAGCUCCACGUCGACAACGAGGUCUUGCGGCAGCAGGUGGAAGACCUCAAGAACAAGAACCUGAUCCUGCGAGCGCAGCUGCGCCAACACGGCGUGGAGGUCAUCAUCAAGGACUCGCACUGACCGGACGAUCCGUCGCUUGGCAUUUUGGAUUAAUCGGCGCAGAAGGACGACAACGACACCGAGGUCGGUCCCAACCCAGCGCCACCUUGGUUGUAUAUAGGACCUUACAAAAAAACCCGCGGUCCCGUGGGAUGGGAAUAUGGCCGUCGCUGUGGACAUUCGGCCUGCUUUCCGGCCUCCGGCUUUGCCUACGGAAGGACCCUCGUCUCUCUCUCUCUCUCCGGCACGCAUGCGGAAUCACGGUCGCCAUAUUGCACGCCCCUAUAGAUGCCCCCCCCCUGCACCCGCCUCCCUGGAGGACAAGACCUUCCCUCUUUCUUUUUAUUUCCUGUAUUAUUAUUAUUAAUUAAUUAAUAAGAUUAAUACUGUUUUGUGUUCUGGUGAAGAGAACGGGACGCUGUGUUUUGGUGGACGGAGCCCAGGAACCCGAGUGCCAAGGCCCCCAAAUAGUCGAGGAACCCGAGUGCCAAGGCACCCAAAUAGUCGAGGAACCCGAGUGCCAAGGCACCCAAAUAGUCGAGGAACCCGAGUGCCAAGGCCCCCAAAUAGUCGAGGAACCUGAGCGCCAAGGCACCCAAAAUAAUCAAGGAACCCGAGUGCCAAGGCACCCAAAUAGUCGAGGAACCCGAGUGCCAAGGCACCCAAAUAGUCGAGGAACCUGAGUGUCAAGGCACCCAAAUAGUUGAGGAACCCAAGUGCCAAGGCACCCAAAUAGUCGAGGAACCCGAGUGCCAAGGCCCCCAAAUAGUCGAGGAACCUGAGCGCCAAGGCACCCAAAAUAGUCGAGGAACCCGAGUGCCAAAGCACCCAAAUAGUCAAGGAACCCGAGUGCCAAGGCACCCAAAUGGUCGAGGCACCCGAGUGCCAAGGCACCCAAAAUAGUCGAGGACCCCGAGUGCCAAGGCACCCAAAUAGUCGAGGACCCCGAGUGCCAAGGCACCCAAAUAGUCGAGGAACCCGAGUGCCAAGGCCCCCCCAAAUAGCCCCGCAUUCCUUCACUCCUUCCUUUCUGCUUUUCCUCUUCUGUCUUUUUAAGAAAAAAGAAGAAUAAACCUGGGAAAUACAACCGGGGAAAUAA